AUGAAAACAAAAGAAAUAGAGCAAAACAGCAAAGUCAGUAAUACAAAAACUAUGCCAAGUGAUUCAGGAUUAUAUUUACAUAAGAAUACACAUGCCUAAACUUAGAUUAUAACUAAUAAAUCUGCCAUUCAGCUAUAGAACCAAAGAAGUACUACUCCAGGAAAUAGGACAUAAAUUAUUAGAAACGUAAUUUCUUUUCUUAAAUUUCAGUUUUAUUUGCCUGCUCAUAUUUAAAAGGUAAGGGAUGAACUUUUAGUACAAAAAAUUGUUAAUGAGAAGGUAGAGAAAUAUGAAAAUGAAAAGGAAUGGUUCCAAGGUAAAUUAAUUAAGCAGCAUAAAUUUGGUUUUUGCAAAUAUUACUUAAAAAAACAAUAUUAUUAUGAAGGAUAAUUUUCAUGUAGCUUGAAGCAUGGAAAAGGUUUAAUUAUUUAUGAAAAUGGAGAUUAUUAUGUAAAUUAUAUUAUUAAUAUAAGUAAGGAGAGUUUUUCGCUGAUAAAAUUCUAGGGGAUAACGGUAUGUUUAAAGAUUUUGAAGAUGAAUGCAAAAAAAAUACAAAACUUGAAAAAUAAAAACUAGAAUUUCCUAACGGUGCUAUAUACUAAGGUUAAGUUCUUGAUGGGAAAAGACAUGGUAAAGGUGUCUAUACUUGGAAGGAUGGUACUAAAUAUGAAGGAUAAUUUGAAAAUGAUUAAUUUAAUGGAUUUGGAAUAAUGGAAUUUGCAGAUAGUAGUAAAUUUAAAGGAGAAUGGGUAAAUGGAGAAAUGGAAGGAUUUGGACAUUUUGUAUGGCCAAAUUCUGAAGAAUAUAAGGGUUUUUAUAAAUAAAGCAAAAAAAAUGGUUUUGGAGUAUUUAAAUAUAAAAGUGGUAUUGUUUAUUUUGGAGAUUUUCUAAAUGGAUUGAAUCAUGGUGAUGCAGUGCUUAAGUAAAUAAAUAGCAAACCCAAAAUUUCUAAAUGGUAGGAUGGUAAAUAAAUUGAAUGA